GGCACACACCCUGUAGAUGGGAGGAACUGAGGGAUUACCUGUAAGAAAGAAGCAGAGAUGUGGGAGGCCAAUGACAAUCCAUUCCACACAUCCUUAGAGAGGUCACUUUCCAUGUGGAGCUGGCCUGGGUCCUGUCUCUUCCUUGACCAGUAGGGGGAGGCUGCUCUCAUAGACUCAGGCCAGACCUAGACAUACAGCCUCUGCCUGGGUGGGCCCCUGGUUCCUGGAUCCCCCAAAGAAUCUGAACUUGAUCCUGAGGUGAUGAAGUCCAAAGGGGUGGAAUUUACAGCCCUGAGCUAGUGCCUUGAAUUCAGGACUCAUGGCCUGCCUAAGCCCCAGCUGCCAGUGACUCAGUUUUCCCUAUGCCCCGUGGCUACCCCUCCCUGCGGGCCCAGGCCCAGGCGCAGGAGAAUGACUCUCCUUCCUGUUGUGGACUGCGUGCUCCUGCCUAGAGGUGGGUGCAUCGCUGAGAGGAGGGCUCAGUGAUGCCUGGCAGCAAGCCCUGGGAAUAGAGGUGGGGCUGUGGCUGGGCAGGGCUGGGUGUGAUGGGCAAUGUCAGGGGAAGGAUGUGGGAAGGGAGCUGGGGCCUCCCUCUUCUACUGAAAGCUCCCAAGGAGAGAGGCGAUGAUGGGCUGAGGACCUUUCAGCUUUCUGAGGCCAAGGAUGGGCAGGGCCAGCCGGCUCACUCUCUGGCAUGAACACAGGCUUGGCAUGCUUGGGGGAGCUGGGACAAACCCCAGGCCUCCUAGAGUCCUCCUUCACUGUGAAAAUAGUGGGGGACAGAGGCCAAUGUGAAGGAUGUGCUCAAGUCCUCUGAUGUCACAUCCAGGAGUCCUUAGCCUAGAGCUGACUCAGCUAGGGAGUUGGGAGUGUGUGUGUGUCUCGGAAGGGGCUGGGGGGUUGGGGGGUAUUCCAAGAUUCGGAGAAUGACACUAUUAGGGAAGGGCCAACAUCUGCAGAGGAGGGGUUGGUGCUGAGCCUGGGAUGGAUACCCGGUGGAGCCAGAGAGGGGAAGGGGCCUCCCUUUCGGUGGCUGUGACGGUCUCAGGGUCUGCUCUAAGUCCCCCCAGCACGCAGUUCUGGCCCAUCCCAAGUGGGGCCCAGACCCACCCUCUUCUAGUUUAGGCUUCCUGCCCUUUGCCCCCAGUCCGAUUCUCAAACGUCUCAGUGUCACCACGGCAGCUAGCAGCUUUGGCCGGGCGGGGCAGGAUGGGGAGGGCUCCUAGGGCUCCUCUCCCUAGGCGGUUUCCAGGGCAACCAGUUGGCUUUAGCCAAUGUGGGCGAGCCGGCCGAGCCGGGGCGGAGAGGGGGUGUGGCCGGGAUUCGGAGGCGGUCCCGGGGCGUGGCCAGCUCUGGCCCCGCCCUCCCUCCGCUGUACGCCAGUCCUGGGUGGUGGAGGCGGGGCCGGGCCCGGCUGGAGCAGUAGAGCAGCGGCAGCGGAGCCCCCAGCCCGUGGAGCCGCCGCUCCGGGGGGGAAAUCGGGCCCUACCCGGCCGGGCAUCGCCGCCGCUGCCGGCUCACCCAGAGGCCGGGGCCCAGAGCCAGCCUUAACUUCGCUUAGAGAUCCUCCGGUGUAUCCUCCCCCGCAAGCCGGACACGGGAUACGGAGGACGUCAAGCCCUGACCCGGGGCCCAAGAAGAGCUUGUCCGCGGGGCCGAAAGAAGCCCCGGCUGUGGCGGGGCAGCCCCUGGCCCAUCCGGACACCCGGGCCCCCCGUCCCCUCGGCCCCCAUGUGCAUCUGCUCCCGGAGGAACCAUGAAGCAGGAAUGACCUCGGCCGAUGGAGCCCCGGCCGCCACGCUCCUGCUGCCUUGGAAGCUGGCCCUGCGGGACCGGGAGCAGGGUCAGUGCCCGGCGGGCAGCCCCGGGCGCAUCUUGGCCACCGUGCUGGUCUGGCUGGUCACGGGCACCAGCAUGUCCAGCCUCAACAAGUGGAUCUUCGCCGUCCACGGCUUCCGGUACCCGUUGCUGCUUUCUUCCUUGCACAUGCUGACCGCUGUCCUCGUGGGCUACCCGCUGGCCGGGCAUUGGGCACGAGGGCCUCUCCCUGCCCGGGCCAGGAGGAGGGUUUUCUUGCUGAGCCUGACCUUCUGUGCUACCAUGGCCUGUGGGAACUUGGGCCUUACCUAUGUGCAUUUGGACUUCGCUCAGAUGGUCUACACCACCACACCGCUCUUCACCCUGGCUUUGUCCAAGGCCAUUUUGGGCAAGCACCAUCACCCGCUGCAGUACGCGGCCAUGGGGCCCAUCUGCCUGGGCGCUGCCUGCAGCCUCAUGGGCGAGAUGCACUUCCACCGCACUGGCUGCUCUUUCCUCUUCGCUGCCACCUUCCUGCGGGGCCUCAAAUCUGUGCAGCAAAGUGUCCUGCUGCAGGAGGAGAGGCUGGACUCAGUGACCCUGCUUUACCUGACAUCACUCCCCAGUUUCUGCCUGCUGCUAGGCGCGGCCCUGGUGCUGGAGGUGGGCAGUGCCAGUCCAGUCCUGGUCCCCGCUGACCACUGCCUCUGGCUGCUCAUUCUGCUCAGCUGCCUGGUCUCAGUCCUCUACAACCUGGCUAGCUUCUCCCUGCUGGCCCUCACGUCGGCCCUCACCGUCCACGUGCUGGGCAACUUCCACGUGGUGGGCAACCUGGCCUUGUCCUGGCUCCUGUUUGGAAGCCGCCUGAGUGGCCUCAGCUACGUGGGCAUCGUCCUGACGCUGGUGGGGAUGUUUCUGUACCAUAACUGCCGCUUGGUGGCCUCCUGGUGGACCCUGUGGUGGACAGGCCGGCCUGUCAGAGCCCUGUGAAGGAUGGCUGUGCCCAUCUGUGAGCUGUGCCCUCUGUGCCCGUUGGGCCCAGGCUGGUCCAGCCUCAGCUUGUUUGAAGCACUGUGGGACCCAACAGCCUGGAAGAAGAGGGGCUUUAACUGGGGUGGGCAUGAACCUCAGCCAAGAAGAACCUUCCAGAACGAUGGCACGGGGGAGGGCAAGCGGGGAGCCUGAUUGGUCACACAUCCAUUCUCUGGGACCUCAAGGUUACAAAGAGCUUGCCUAGCCCCGUGAGGGAGUUAGUGGGAGGAUUAUCACCCUCGUUUUACAAAGGAGGAAACUGAGGCUCUGGGGGAGGGGGUGACCUGGCUUGUCUGGGGCUCUCUCCCUGCCUCUCCUGGUCUCCUGCAUUGGUCUGGGACAUUGUAAGCCCCAAGUUCAGUCGUGGGUGAGUUCCCUCCCUUUCCCUGAUCUGUGCCUCAGUUUCCCCUUCUGCUAAAAGAGGAUGAUGCUUGCUACAAAGGGGCCAGAGGAGAAUGGAAAUGCGAGUGAGUAUUGGAAUUAAAAGUGAUUAUUAUUACUUUUCCAGCUGCAGCCUGCACCAAGUAUACUAAAAUGAAAUGGGUGAUGGAGAUGAUUUCUCAGGAGGAUCUUGGAGAGGUCGAGAAGUGCUGCCCAGAUGCCCCUGGACUGGGGCAGGGCUGGGAGCGGGGCUGGUGCUGGGGGUUAGGCUGCUCCGGAGAAACCAAGUCAGGGCAGGCUUGGCCCCCUCCAGCUCCACCCUCCAAUCUCUCUGCUGCUAUAGACUGGGGAAGGGGGCUGGGAAUCAGUGGCUUGAGCCCCCCCUCCCAUCCCUGGUGGGGCUGCAGCAAAGGCCAGGAUGGUCUCUGACCCAGGCCGUCCAACCCUAGAUGGGCCUUUCCAUUGGCAGGGGCCUGUCCUAGGCAGAAGUGCCCCGCCUCGGUGGGGCUGCAAAGGGGGCUAUUUCCGUCCUCAAAUAAAGCACUGUUUGGUUCUCUCUGUCUCGUUUCCUUGGGCGACACAGCUGCCUCUUGCCCAGCAGGCGGGCAGCCAAGAGGGGAGCAGAGAAGGGCGUGGAGGGUGGUCCU